AUGUCGCGAAGCAAUUUUACAGAUGAGGAGCUGGAGUAUUUCAUCACUAAAAUGUUGGAGAAAAAGUAUGAUGAAAGAACUUCACGGCUAGAGAAGCAGGUGAUUCUGAGGCGAAUUGCCCAGCACCUGUUUAACUUGAACUCAAGGAGGCAUUCAAAGAAUGCCUACUUAAAAAAAUGGUCCGACCUGAAGAGGCACAAAAUGGCAUUUAUCAAAGAGGUCAGAGACAGGAACUGUCCAGGGGCUACUCUUCCUAAAGUGCGCCCUAAGCGCUCCAAUAAGAUGAAGGUGGUGGUGGUGGAAGAGGAGCUGAUGGAGGAUGAGGAGGAUGAGGAGCAGGAACAGGAGCAGGCAGGACCAUCGGGGCAUCAGGCCCAUAGCCCACCGGAGGCAGAUGAGGUCCAGGAGAAUGAGGAGGAGGAGGAACAAGACGAGGUGGUGACCACCCCCCACCAGGAGGAGCUUAACAGGUGUAUACGGAAAUUUCAAAAGAUGAGGCAGGAGCAGCUCGAGAGGAUGAAGCAAUUGAGGGCAAAUCAAAUGAGGAGGAUGAGGGAGCAGAAGCUCCAAUUCUCACAUGAGAUAACGGUGAUGGAGAUGACCAACCAAAAGGCCUUUGAGGAAGGGAUCCAAGAGCUGAUAGACAUGAAAAGGCUUCCAUAA